GGACCCAGGCUGAGGAGGCAGCAGCAGCAGCAUCCGCAGCAGCAGCAGCAGCAGCACCGCCACAAAGGGACUCUCCGCUCCUCCUCUCUCCAGGGUUUGAGAUGCUCCGGCUCGGCGGCAGGAUGUGUGGCUUCUCGGCCCUGCUCUCGGUGCUUCUUGCUGGGCUCGCGGCGGCAUCCUCGGAUCUCUUUGACAACCAACUGGGCGACAUCAAUUACUGCAAAAAACAAUGCCAGCUUACCAUCAAAAACAAAAGCCCUGCUAAAGACUCCAUAAUGAACGCCUGUCACCGUGGCUGUCGCCUCUACUCCAUCUGCCAGUUUGUCAAUGGCAACGCCGGCUUCAAUACCAGCAGGGAGGAGUGUCAGGGAGCCUGCCAGGAGGCAUAUAUUAAGCUGCUGGAGCAGGAGGCCUGCAGCACUGGCUGUGCCAGCCAACCCUCUGAACCUGAGAUCAAGAGGAGGAAGCUGAGGGCCAUGACUCUCCGCCCAAAGCCCCCCUCUGUGAUGGAGGCCGUGUCCAGUUGGUGCAACGAAAUCGUCAGUUCUGCUCAGAGCUUCAUCUCCUCCACCUGGACUUUCUAUCUGCAGGCUGAUGAUGGCAAGGUUGUGGUUUUCCAGAGCCAGCCAGAGAUGGAGUACUCUCUGCCUGAGCUGCAGGCUCCUCGAUCCAACGUGGCAGACAAACCCUGGCCUCAGGUCCACUCUCACACCCAGAGGCCUCAUGGUGUGAGGGGACAUGGAGAGAAGGGAUCAUCCAAAGCAGGAGGCAAAGGGAAGCACCCUGUCCAGCACGCAGACGACCCCACGGCUGAGCACGACUUCCUUGGCUGCAUGUCAAGACGUUCAGGUCUUCCGCGGUGGAUUUUAGCGGCCUGUCUCUUCCUGUCCAUCAUGGUCAUGUUGUGGCUCAGCUGUGCCAGCCUCGUCACCGCACCAGAGCAGCACAUCAAGACACAGCUGAGUAUCAAUGGAGAUAAAGAGUUUCUGGACAAUGCCCACAAAGUCAACCCGUAUCACCUGAGUCCUGUGAUCGCUGUCGCUGUGAAACAAUCAGAGGAGACCCAGGAGGCGGGGCCGCUGCCCGUGAAAGUUGACCUCAACAAAACAUGUGUUUAGAAAGGACCAAUGAGAGAGCUGCUGUCUUGUUUCCCACAGGGUAACCAUGUCUAAAAAUCUGUGGCUCCUCAGCAGAAUUUUUAAAAACAAAUUUUUAAGAGCAUGGCACCCUCUCUUCUUUUGAAACGAUCUUACUGUAACAUCUAGCUUGUGUUGAUCAGACUUUUCAGGUUUUCAGUUAGCCGCGCCUGUCAUUUCAUUUCCUUGUACAGUCCAAGUAUGUCCAUCCUCAAAUUAUCCUGAGUGAUCAGCCUGCUCAUUGCUUAUUGAUAAGACGGCACUCUUCCCUCAGAGCCACGCUGGAGACAAGCAAAGAGGAUGAUUAUGGCUGAGAGCUUUCAUAUCAUUUUUCAUGUCUAGUGUGGACAAGAGGAGACAAAUGCUAAGAUUCAUUUUAGAUUUAAUUUUCCUCGUUCUCACAGGGAGUUUGGCUGAAUUAAUGGCUGGCUUAGAGCAAAGAAAAGGAGUUUCAAAAAAAGAGUGUGAGAGAGAGAGAGAGAGAGGGGGAAGAUGAAUUACAGGUGAGCAGUCCUGUGAGCGCUGCAGAAAACAGAUACUGUUGCUUAGUUGAUGGUCGGUUUACAUAAUCAGCAUUGUGAACUGUUCAGUAAUGUCGUCUGAAAAUUGAAAACCAUGUUUUGCACCUCACACAGCGGAAAACAAGUUUUUGGUGAGCAACUCAUUCUCACCAAGUUCAGACAAACAAAGACAUACUUACUCAAAAAACUAAAAUGGCAUUUUUUGUCACCUUGUUCCUCUUUGUGUGCGUGCGUGCGUGCGUGCGUGCGUGCGUGCGUGCGUGCGUGCGUGCGUGUGUGUCUGUCUUUGGAAGUGUCUGAGUAUAUGUGCAACUACAAACGGUGCACAUUCAUUUAUGAGUAACACAUUCAGAAGUGGAACUGGAUUCAAACUGGACGCUCUGUCUGAGAAUGAGCAAACGUGACACGUUUAUUUAUUUUCCUCUUUAUUUAUUCAGAAUCAUCGACAUGAGUCAUCUGAUAAAGUGUUAUUGAAGUGCCAUGUACAGUUAUUUCAUCAUACAAAUGUAAUUUCUCUGUAUGUAAAAUAUACUGUAACACAGACUGGAAAGAGACACAUAGAGAAGGAAGUUCGCACCUAUUACUGUAUUAUUAUUAUUAUUAUUAUUAUUAUUAUUAUUAUUAUUAUUAUUAUAUUAUUGCUCUUAUAUCACUUAAAGAGUUCUUAGCUGUUAUAUGUGCCAUGUGCUUUCUAAUAGCUGACUAUUUUGUAUGUCCUAUGAGCACAUACUGAAGGAUAACCUCUGUAACAAUGUGUAAUGCAAAGCUUUUAACAUAGACCUUUGUUAUUGAACAGAGUUGCACAGUCUUAGAGAAGAUUUUCUGUUUUCCUCUCAGUGCUUUCGAUGUCCUGUAACGCUCUCUUUUAAUCCAGGCUAUGUAGACAAUAAACCGUGCAUGCAAGUGACGCUUCGAUAGUUUAUCUUAACCGCCCGCCAUGCCAGUAUGGCACGACUCUACUAUAGACUUGUGACUUUUUGUGUUCAUAUUUACUGUAAUCAUUGAAUAGAAUGUGUAAUGAUGAAUGACAUUAUCCUCAUGAUUUACAGGAAGGACUCUCAAUGAAAAAGCCAUUCAAUCAAUAUCUGUGCUGGUUCCAACUGAAGGUAUAUCACAUGGAAUAUGAUAUGAAUUUCAACCUGUAUUGUUUCCUUUUUACUGGUCUGUUUAUUUUCAAUGAAAUGAUACUUACGACAUGAUGA